UAUCCAGUUCACCGUGGUUCACCGCGCCAUGUUGUCGCCGAUCAUCUUUACAUUCAUUUAAUGAAUAUUUAUACCUGGAAUUUCUUGGCACGAGUGUAAUAUCAAAAUGGCAAAAUUCGAUUUAACAUCUGUCAUAGGUCAAUAUCUUGACCGGCACUUGGUUUUUCCUCUGUUGGAAUUUUUAUCGGCGAAACAGAUUUACGACGAGGAUGAGUUGUUACACGUCAAACUCUAUAUCCUCAGCAAAACGAACAUGGUCGAUUACACCAUCGAUAUCAGGAAGCAGCUCUAUCCUAAUGUAGAAGUACCAGAGGAAAUAAAAUCUAGACGCGCCGAUGUGCUCCAAGAGCUCGGUGUGCUACAGAACAAUGUCUCGGUAGUGCUAGCACUGAUGAACAACGAGGAAGUUAUGAAGAAGAUGGAGAACAUGCGCGAUUCCAAAGCACUUAAUAAUUAUCUCACUCAAGAGUCGGAUUUUAGAGUAGAGAUGAUGGACAGCUUUGUGAAAUUAGCAAAGUACCGCUACGAGUGCGGCAAUUAUUCCGUUUCCACGUCAUAUUUAUACUUUUAUAUGCUGAUCAUGCCUCCCACUGACAAGAAUUACUUAAAUGUCUUGUGGGGCAAAUUGGCAUCGGAGAUUCUCGUACAAAAUUGGGAGACAGCAUUGGAAGAUGUCAACAAGUUACGAGAAUACAUUGACAGUAAUGUUAUUGGCAAUUCCCUGCAAGUAUUACAGCAGCGUACGUGGCUGAUUCAUUGGAGUCUGUUCGUGUUCUUCAAUCAUGUGAAGGGAAGAGAUCUCAUUAUCGAGAUGUUCCUCUAUCGUCCGCAUUAUUUAAAUGCUAUUCAAACAAUGUGCCCGCACAUACUCCGCUACUUGGCUGCUGCAGUUAUUGUCAAUCGCUCGAGACGCUCCAUUCUAAAGGAUCUCGUAAAAGUAAUACAACAGGAGUCUUAUACCUACCGAGAUCCCAUCACGGAAUUCCUUGAACAUUUAUACGUUAAUUUCGACUUUGACGGAGCUCGGCAGAAGCUGCAAGAGUGCCAGACUGUUGUCUUCAAUGAUUUCUUCCUCAUCGCUUUACUGAACGAAUUCGUAGAAAAUGCUCGAUUGAUGAUUUUCGAAACAUUCUGUAGGAUUCAUCAGUGCAUCAGUAUUGGAAUGCUAGCGGAAAAGCUGAAUAUGAAAGCGGACGUAGCAGAGUGCUGGAUCGUGAACUUGAUCCGCAACGCCCGUUUGGACGCCAAGAUUGACAGCAAGUUGGGGCACGUGGUGAUGGGGGGACAGCCGGCGUCGCCGUAUCAGCAAUUGGUUGAAAAGAUUGAGACGUUGAGCGUGCGAAGUGAGGCGCUAGAAAACCUAAUUGAGAGAAAGCUCAAAGCAAAGAAUCAAGACCCAGUAAGUAUAGUGUGGAACUAACAGAGUAUCAACACUCGUGGAACUUGGACUUGUGACAACUCGAUGCAACAUGGAGAAGUAAUGUCCAAAAGAGAUAUUCCUCUUCCGAUUACUAGCAUAGCCGAAAUUGACAAAAUGUAUAUUCCAAAUAAUAUACAAAAAUAAUCGAUAUUGCAUCGUACUGAAGUAAAUGUAUUUUUAUUUAUCUAAUAAGUCUCCUCAAAAUUGAAAACGUAUAUAUAUAUAUAUUUAAAAAAAUUAUCUCUUAUCAGAAGUGUUAGUUUAUAUUUUUCAAUUGUAUUAAUGUCGUAAUAAAUGGAUAGGUAAUCUGUGACAUUUUG